AUGCUGUUACUGGUUUUGGUAGUGGCAGUGGUGCUGCUUCCCAAUGAUGCCAUCUGUGGGACGUUGAAAGCAAAAUGCCCACUGAACUUGCUCAACGAUUUAAAUGAUCCAUGGAAUUAUUACAGGCUAGGAGACCUCCUCAUUGGUGGGAUCAUGUCUCUGAAGUCUGCUUCUCUGCAUCCAUUCACCUUUAAGAAGCCUCCCCUUAUCGGAAUUGAGUAUGCUUCAAACACACAAUAUGCCAUCAUCUUGUCCUUCCUGCUCGCCAUUCAGGAGAUCAAUCGGAAUCCCAGGAUCUUGCCCAACAUAACUCUGGGUUACGACAUCUACGAUAACUAUUUCAAUGCAAGGCUGACUUAUGAUGGUGUGUUCGAUCUGCUCUUCAUGGGGAAGGAGAAUAUUCCAAACUAUCACUGUGGAGCUCAGAAGAACCUGUUGGCAGUUCUUGACCAGUCUGAGUCUAAAAUCCCCAUCCAUGUUUCCAAUGUGCUGGGCAUCUACAAAAUCCCACUGAGAAACAAAAGGAUAAAUGUGGACAUUAAUAUGGGAAGUAAAAUGGUGGCAUUUGGGAUGAACUCAUUUGAUUGUUUCUAUUCAAAGCCUUUGUUGACUAUGAAAUGGAAUGUAAGAUGCAGAGAAAGAAAAAAUCGGGAGACCCUUUCCCAGGAUCUGAUGGAAACUAUCCUGUCUCUAGAUAUUUCCAAUACUUUCGAUGCCAUCUUCACUGUGGCACGGGCCAUACAUGCUGCGUACUCAUCAAGAUCCAAGCAGACAUUAGCCACGGAAAGGUGUACCAAGAGCUGCCAGCCUGGAUAUGCCAAGAAGGCUCAGGAAGGGAAGCCAUUUUGCUGCUAUGACUGUGAUCCAUGCCCGGAAGGGACCAUCUCCACACAGGAAGAUGCAGAACGCUGUGACAAAUGCCCAGAAGACCAGCAUCCAAACAAGGACAGAACUCGAUGCGUCCCAAAGACCAUAACUUUCCUCUCCUAUGAAGAACCUUUGGGGAUCAGCCUAGCUGUCUUUCCUCUGUUCUUGUCCCUAAUCACUUGUUCUGUUUUAGGACUUUUCAUUAAAUUCCUAGAUACCCCCAUAGUCAAAGCCAACAACCGGGAUCUUAGCUAUAUUCUUCUCACCUCCCUCCUGCUUUCCUUUCUCUCCUGCUUUCUCUUCAUUGGCAAGCCAAGGAAGGUGACCUGCCUUCUCCGACAAACUGCCUUCAGCAUCAUCUUCUCAGUUGCCAUCUCUUCUGUGUUGGCCAAAACGAUCACUGUGGUGGUGGCCUUCAUGGCCACCAAACCAGGGAACAGGAUGAAGAAAUGGCUGGGGAAGAGUUUGGCCAACUUCAUUGUUAUUUCUUGUCCCGCUAUCCAAGUUGUCCUCUGUGCCCUCUGGCUGGGAAUCUCUCCCCCCUUCCCAGAGUCUGACAUGAGCUCCCAACCUGGACAGAUCACAUUGCAAUGCAACGAAGGGUCUAUCAUCAUGUUUUAUGGUGCCCUGGUCUACAUGGGCUUCCUGGCUGCCAUCUCUUUCACGGUGGCUUUCCUGGCCAGGAAGCUGCCUGGAGCCUUCAAUGAAGCUAAGCUGAUCACCUUCAGCAUGCUGGUCUUUUGCAGUGUCUGGGUGUCCUUUGUGCCCACCUACCUGAGCACAAUGGGGAAAUACAUGGUAGCCGUGCAGGUCUUCUCCAUCUUGGCCUCCAGUGCUGGCUUGCUGGGCUGCAUCUUCCUUCCCAAAUGCUACAUUAUCAUCAUCAGGCCUGAUCUUAAUAACAAAGAGCAUCUAAUGAGAAAAGUGAACUGUUUAAAUUGA